UAUAAUUACAAAAUUUAAAUGUUUUUGCAACUAAUAUUACGCAGUGGUAGUGUUUGAUUCAGUGAAGUGAAUUCAAAAUGGUCACAAAGACAACUCUUACAUUUUCUUUCCUGGACUACGUCAUUCUUAUCAUCGUAAUAAUGGUCACUGCCAUUCUUGGGAUAUAUCAUGGUACUGGUAACAGACAAUACACUGCAAAUGAUAUAAUGAAAAACAAAAAAAAUAAUGCUAUAGUAAUAGCGCUUUCGGUAACAGUGAGUCAUUUCUCUGCAUUGACUGUCUUGGCAGUACCAUCAGAUGUUUACAAAUUUGGGGCGUUUUAUUGGUGGACUUGUCUCUGCUUGGUUUUAGUUGUUAUUCUAACAGCUUACAUUUACUUGCCUGUGUUUUUCAAUCUUGAAAUUGUCUCCAUUUAUGAAUAUUUGGGGAAAAGAUUUGAUCGGAAAACAAAAUUGUUGUCGUCAUUUUUUUAUGUUUUAUCCGAAGCGCUUUACUCCCCUUUGGUGAUUUACACUCCUUCUCUAGCUCUCUCAGCAGCUACUGGUAUCAAUAUCCACAUUAUAACGUCCGUAAUGUGUGGAAUAUGUGUUUGUUACACUGCAAUUGGGGGCUUGAAGGCUGUUAUUUGGACCGAUUUUCUUCAGUUUCUUGUAGUUGCUGCAACAAUGUUGUUUAUCAUUUUUAUUGGAUUGCAAGCACAAGGAGGAUUUCUAUCGGUUUGGAAUACAGCAAUUGAGGGAGAGAGACUAGACAUAUUUGAUUUCGAUUUGGACCCAACAAAACGUAACUCCUUUUGGACCUUUAUUGUUGGAUCAACAAUUCAGUGGACUAAUUACGUCACUCUCACACAAACAGGGAUGCAAAAAUUUUUAUGUUUACCUACACUUAAAGCCUGUGUGUGGUCACUCAUUUAUUUUGCCCUGAGUAUGUCUGUUGUUGCAACAGUUUGUACAUUAACUGGUUUAUUAAUUUACGACCGAUAUGUAAAAUGUGACCCACUAAUCAGCAAAACGAUAGCAAAACAAGAUCAGAUCGUUCCUUAUUACAUUUUGGACGUUACAGGGAACAUGAACGGGAUUUCGGGAAUUUUUAUGGGAACAAUUUUUUGCUCUGCUUUGAGUUCUCUAUCGUCAGGUCUUAACGCCAUGUCAAGCGUAAUUUACAAAGACUUUGUAACUCUCUUCCUGAAACGAAACAUUUCGAAACGAAAGGAAACAAAUAUUUUGCGACUGAUUGUAGUCAUUGCUGGACUUUUUGCGGUUGUGAUGGGCUUUUUGGUGGAACAUUUGGGAGAACUUGUUCCUCUAACUAUAAGUCUCACGGGAAUGGUGGCAGGACCAUCGAUGGGAAUGUUUACUUUAGGAGUACUGUUCCCUAAAGCAAAUUCAAACGGUGCGUUCUAUGGUGCGCUGGGAGGGAUUUUAGGGAGUGCCGCCCUAGUUGUCCCAAGAGAGUACUACCAGUACCAAAAUUUGUUCAGUUAUUCUCACAAACCACUUGGCGAAAAUUGUAUCGACAAUAUUACUUUUUUGUCGACAUUAUUACACAACAAAACUGUACCAGUAGAGAAUGCCUUCCAACCACAUUAUAUUUUUCGAAUAUCUUUUUACUACUUUUGUUUAAUCGGAGUCGUUAUUACUGUUGGUUUGGGUCUGAUUGUAAGCUCCAUGUCCAACAAAAAUGAUCUUCAAGUUGAUAAAAAACUGAUUAGUCCUGUUUGUCAUUUUCUUUUGCCUAAACAGAGAGGAGGUGAUGACGUUAUGGAACAUUGUGUUGAAAACCAGGAACUACAAGAACAAGACAAGUAGUUAAUUAUAAAUAGAUGAACAAGUGCACAUUUCUCACUAACACUAGUGCAUAAUUUUUACUAUAAUACCCUGAGUGCAUGCCAAAUUGUCGACAAUUUUGUCGAGUGCACGGAAACAAUUUGGUACGCAGGAACAAUAUUUUGGCAGAUUGUUUCUUGGACAAAAUUUAAAUGAUAAAAUAAACAAAAAUGUGUGUUUAUAAAUUGUUCUUUAAUUUGUAUGGAAAUUACAAUGAAAAUACUGCAUUUGUAGAAAUAUUCUUCAAAUUAUUAUUGAUUGUGCUGAAUUAUGGCUGUAAUUUGAUCGUUAUUACUAAAAAUAAAUUAUUACAGCUUUCUUAUUGGCUUCAAUUUUUCUUAAAAAAAAUAAUUUCUAGAGCAUAACCUUUUACCAAAAAAAUCGCCGUGAUAGGGUGCCAUUUGAAAAAAAAAUUAAUAACUCGAAAACUAAAAGGAAUUCCAAAAAUUUUAUUUUUGAAAAAUGAUUACAUGUUUAAAAUACUUGAUGAUAUUAAUUGAUUUUUUCGUAAGAUACAUAGUUACAGUUAAGAUACAUAAGCACAAAACUCUUGGUUCCAUACUUUUGCCCAACGCUGCAUAAUCCGAACGAGGUCUGCCAAUUUGUGUGCGGAUUAUUAAGACAUUACUGUACUAGCAAAAAAUAUUUUCUUUUAUAAAAAUAUCUCUUUCAAAAAUGGAUCAAUCAAUAAUAAAUUAAUAAUACUAAUUUGAAAAUGCUGAACGUCAAAAAAAUAGAUUAAAUCACAAUAAUCCAAGAUCAUGUAAUAACAUAACGUUAUAAUGUACCCAUU